UAGAUUUUUUGGACCUUUUAUGUGUCACCAAUUUCUUACUUUCUUCUCCUCUGGUCUUUCUUGCCUCUCUUUCGUUCCGACUUGUAUUGCUAACACAUUUCCGGUGAGUUUUUGAACGGAGACGGUCGUGGAGAUUGAAGAAAGAAUUAAUUUUCGAGAAUUAGGUCUAUUCGAUCAAGAGAAGGAGCGAUGAGAGGUGUAAAUAACAGUAUGGAGACUAUAAAUGCUGCCGCCAAUGCGAUCGCCGCCGCAGAGAGUCGAGUUCAGCAGACCACGGUUCAGAAGAGAAGGUGGGGUAGCUGCUGGAGUCUGUACUGGUGUUUUGGAUCUCAGAGACAUGGCAAGCGAAUUAGCGAUGCUGUCCUCGUUCCUGAACGAACAUUUCCAGGAACUGCUGCUCCUGCCACCGAAAACCCAAUGCACCAACAACCCACCAUAAUGUUACCUUUUGUUGCUCCUCCAUCGUCUCCUGCUUCUUUUCUUCAAUCAGAACCUCCUUCUGCUACCCAGUCACCAACUGGUUUACUAUCUCUCACCACCUUUUCUUACUCUCCAAAUGGGCCCGCCAAUAUUUUUGCCAUUGGGCCGUAUGCACAUGAGGCUCAGUUAGUAUCGCCCCCUGUCUUCUCAACCUUCACAACUGAACCGUCCACUGCUCCCCUCACUCCUCCUCCUGAAACUGUGCAGAUGACAACGCCUUCAUCGCCGGAGGUGCCAUUUGCUCAUCUGCUAACCUCAUCAUUAGAUCCCAAUCACAAAACUAGCGAGACGUGUCAGAAAUUCCCAUUUUCCAACUAUGAAUUCCAAUCAUAUCAUUUGUACCCUGGGAGUCCAGUUGGGCACCUCAUAUCGCCUAGCUCAGCAAUCUCAGGUUCUGGAACCUCAUCUCCGUACCCUGAUUGCGAGUUCUUUGCUGGAGGACACCCUUUUCUUCAUUUUGGCACAGGGGAGGCCCCCAAGAUCUUAAGCAUUGAUAGGCUUUCUAACCGCUACUGGGGGCCAGGACGAGGCUCCGGCUCUUUAACACCGGAUGCUGCUGGACCAACCUCUCGAGACAGUUUUAUUCUUGACAGUCGGAUGUCAGAGGUUGCAUCUCUUGCAAACUCAGAAAACGGAUCCCAAAAUGGUGAUGUUGUGAUUGGUCAGAGAGUUUCAUUUGAGUUAACUGCUGAAGAUGUUGAGGUUGCAAGGGUUCCAGGCUGUGUGGAGAAGGCCCCUGGAACAUUGGUUGAAUGUGCAACAGAAGCUCUACCAGAUGCAGCAGCAGCAGCAGCAACGCCCACAUCUCAAAGGGAUGGUGUUUCCAGUGAAGCAGAGGAGGAUUUUGAGUGCCGUAUUGGGGAAACAUCUAAUGACAUGCCUGAGAGAGCUUCAGGGGAUGAAGAAGAGGAGCAACAGGAGAAGCAGAAGCACGCUUCUCUCGCACAAGGGUCUCUGAAAGAAUUCAAGUUUUCUAAUGCAGAUGGAGGGGUGUCUAACAAGCCCACCAUUGGAUCAGACUGGUGGGUCAAUGAGAAGGUUGUUGGCAAAGAGUCUGGCCCCUGUCCUAAGUGGGCCUUCUUCCGUAUGAUGCAGCCAGGAGUCAGCUAAUCUAUAUAAACAUGUCCAGUCAUCAAUUCCGGCAUUUGUGGAUAACAGGAGUUUGCCAAAGUGGCAGAAGGGAUACGAAGCUGAGUCAGCAGCUCCAAUGGAAGUCAAAGUCAAAGAUAAUACAAAGUGAGCAAUAGCAAUUGUGAGAUCCUCACCAGAGGAGGUUGGGGGAGAAGGGGAGGAACUUCCUACUAAUAACUGCUUUUAUUUACCACGUAACCCAAGUGUCUGAAACUGGAGGGUUGUUUUUGUGCAUCCCCACCAGAUAGAUUAUACAAAAUGGAAUGAUCUAUGAAUACAAAGGAUUUGUAGCAUGAGAUAAUGUAUAAAUUUUCUUUUCCU